CUUUUACUCAACACUCAACUUUGGUGAUACAUAGGCGAUACCAUACUGGCCAGCGACCUUAUCAAUGCAGCAUUUAUUCAUCUUCCCCGAGCGCUAUUAUCCACUGACAAUAUUGGACCAAGAAAUUGAUGAAAAACCGACAUUAGUAUCAGAAAACGGAAUCGUCUUCUCUGCAAUCCCUACAUCGAUAAUUACGAAGAAGAAGCAGCAGAUGAAAAGACUCGAAUCCGAACCUGUGGUCGUAAAGGUCGAAGAAAAUCACGAAGAGAUUAUGCUCGACGACGAUCUUCCACUCGCUUACUACUGCAAGCCCUGCGGUGUAUUUUUCGCAUCCCAGGACCUUCUCGAUUCUCAUUUAUUAGCUUACCAUAAGGUAAAGAAGAGAUACGGCUGUAUACAAUGCGGCAAAAGUUGUCGCACAACUCUAAGUCUCCGGCAGCAUAUAAAGCGUCACAAGAGCCUGAAAAGAGCCUACAAGGAAAAGAUUCAGGACGAACAAGAGGAUGUGGAGUACGUAUGCAAGACCUGCGGCAGAGUAUUCCGACACAAGAGCAAUUACCAAAAGCAUCUCGUCAGGCACACAGUAGGCGAUCUGACUUGCAAGCACUGUCCAAAAAAAUUCCGUCUCUUUCGAGAUCUCACGCGUCACGAAAAGACGCACUUUCUACCGAGCUACAUGUGCAAGGAAUGCGAUUACGAAACGACAGUGCUCGCGGCAUUGAGCAUACAUAUGGCAAGGCACACCGAUAAAGCGGAUUUACCCUUUAAGUGCAACGAGUGUGACAAACGAUUCAGAAAGGCAACCGAACUCCAAGAGCACUACAACAUACACUCGGGCGAUAAGCCCUUCGUCUGUCAGGCUUGCCCGAGUGCAUUUUUCCUGAGGAGGCAGCUCUCGGCGCACUGCCGGCGUCUUCACCCAGAAUUGAAAGCGCAAAAGGUGACUAGCACAGCAUGUGACAUUUGCGGCCGGGUUUUGGCCACCAAACGCUCUCUAUUUAGGCAUAAGGAAAGUCAUAACCCGAUCAAAUUGUAUCUCUGUGAUUAUUGUGGUAAGAGCCUGAGUAGUGCGGAACAUCUCAAGAAACAUCGGCGAAUACACACUGGUGAAAAGCCCUAUGUGUGCGACAUAUGUGGAAAAGGAUUCACGGACUCGGAAAAUCUUAGGAUGCACAGGAGAGUCCAUACAGGAGAGAAGCCAUACAAGUGUGAUCAGUGCCCAAAAGCCUUCAGUCAAAGGUCGACUCUGACCAUCCAUAGGAGAGGUCACACCGGGGAGAGACCUUAUGUUUGUCAAAUCUGCCAGAGAGGUUUCUCUUGUCAAGGAAACUUGACGGCUCAUCAGAAGUCAACAUGUGUAUAAAUGCAAAGAAACUGUUUAUUAUUAUUAUACUUUUAUUAAGUAUAUUCUUAUGUUUGAUGAUGCGUAAGUCGAGCCAUAUGAAAAAGAUGCCUUCUUAAUCUAGAAUUAAUUAUUAUAUGAACUAUUAGUGAUUUGUGUGGAUGGCUAAUCUGAUA